AACCCAGCAGUUCCUCCUCCGGACCGGCAGAGGGCGCUGUCCUCACAUCCCUCCGCCUCCUCGCUAACUGUCAUGGCGGCUCCCUGUCGGAGACUUUUCUCACGGUGAAACUUGAAACGAGCUCAUUUUCCAAGAUGACGAGAACGAACCGGUGAACCAUGUCAGGUAUUAAUGUGAUGUCAUCAGUGAUGCGGGGUGCACGGGCGCUCCUCUCUGCCAACCUGCCUCAGCAGCUCUUCUUCGAUCCUCCCCGGAGCUCCGCCCCCCUGCUCACCUGGUCACUAAGCAGAAGGUUUGCCUUCAAACAGGUGAAAGGUCAGAGGAAAGAUCAGAAGAAGCCGAAUGUAAAACCCAAGGUGGACAAACAGGAAGUGGAAAUCAGACACGGGAUGACGGUGGCGGCUCUUGCGGCGGCCGUCAACAAAGACUUUGAUCACGUGCUGGAGGCUCUGCUCAAUACCUCUGUGGAUCUGGACUCUCUGGAUCCAGACUCAGUUCUGGAGGAGAAGUGGAUCAAGGAGGUGGUGACCCGAUCGGGUAUGAAGUUCAGAUGGGCCAAACUGAGUGAGAGCAGAGAGAGACCCAACAGAGACGCCCAGCGGAGACCUCCGGCGGACCCCUCUCUCCUGGUGAACCGCCCCCCGGUGGUCACCAUCAUGGGUCACGUGGACCACGGGAAGACCACGCUGCUGGACAGCCUGAGGAAGAGCCAGAUUGUGUCCACGGAGGCCGGCGGCAUCACCCAGCACAUCGGAGCCUUUCUGGUCCAGCUGCCUACAGGUGAGAAGAUAACCUUCCUGGACACACCUGGUCACGCUGCCUUUUCCUCCAUGAGAGCCCGUGGAGCCAACGCCACCGACAUCGUCAUCCUGGUGGUGGCGGCUGACGAUGGCGUCAUGAACCAGACUAUCGAGUCCAUCCAGCAUGCCAAGAGGGCCAAAGUCCCCGUCAUCGUGGCGGUGAAUAAGUGCGACAAACCUCAAGUCGACCCUCAGCGAGUCAAACAGGAGCUUCUAGCCCACGACGUGGUCUGUGAGGAGUUCGGAGGCGACGUUCAGGCCAUCCACGUCUCGGCUCUGAAGGGCGACAAUCUGCUGGCUCUGGCGGAGGCGACGGUGGCGUUGGCAGAGGUUCUGGAGCUGAAGGCGGAGCCCGGCGGCCUCGUGGAGGGCCUCGUCAUCGAGAGCCGAAUGGAUAAAGGCAAAGGUCCUGUAACGACGGCCAUCGUCCAGCGGGGGACGCUGAAGCGCGGCUGCGUCCUGCUGGCGGGGAGGUGUUGGGCCAAAGUUCGCUUCCUGUUCGACGAGAACGGCCAGGCAGUGGCGGAGGCGCCGCCCAGCACGGCGGUGGAGGUGGUCGGCUGGAAGGAGCUGCCGUCGGCCGGGGACACCAUCCUGGAGGUGGAGUCGGAGCAGCGAGCGAGGGAGGUGGUGGAGUGGAGGAGUCAGGAGGAGGAGCAGCAGAAGCUUCUGGAGGAUCAGAGUGCCAUCGAGCUGAAGCAGCAGCAGCACCUGGAGGAGUACCGCCAGGAGAGGGCGGGGCUAAGUCACCUGACCUGGAGGCAGAGGAAGGUGGUGCUGUACCGGGCCAACAAGACCCGCUUCGCCACCAGACCCAGUGAGAGGGUGGAUAGCAAGCAGCUCAGUCUGCCGCUCAUCAUUAAAGGUGACGUGGAUGGGUCGGUGGAGACGCUGCUGAACAUCCUGGACAGCUAUGACACGCAGCAGCAGUGUCAGAUGGACGUGGUCCACUUCGGGACCGGAGACAUCUCCGAGAACGACAUCAACAUGGCGGAAACGUUCGGCGGGUCCAUCUACGGGUUCAACGUGGCAGCCAGCCGCUCCAUCAGGACGCUGGCUGUUAAGAAAGGCGUCCCGCUGCGACUCCACGCCGUCAUCUACAAACUCAUUGACGAGCUGAAGGAAGAGCUGAGCGCCAAGCUGCCGCUGCUGGUCUCCGAGAACGUCAUCGGUGAGGCUGCGGUUCUGGCCACGUUCGACGUCUCUGUGGGGAAGAAGAAGGUUCCUGUGGCCGGAUGCAGAGUCCAGAAAGGCCAACUGGACCGGCGCCACAAGUUCAGGCUGGUCCGAGGACGAGACACCGUGUGGGAGGGUUCCCUGUCGGCGCUGAAGCACCACAGAGACGACGUCCAGGCGGUGAAGUCCGGGACGGAGUGCGGCCUGUCAGCCGACGGUGACGUGGAAUUUAGAACUGGUGAUGUCAUCAUCUGCUUCGAGGAGGUGGCGGUACCGCAGGUCACGUCCUGGGAUCCGGGGUUCUGAUGUCCCAUCAUACACUAUUAACAUGGAACCCAAUAACUGGUGGACUCGGUUGGUUCUGAUUAGAACUUUAAUAAAGACUUUAAUAAAGUGACACCUGAUCAGA